AUGAUUGAUACCCGCUUGAACUUCAAGCAGCAGGUGGAACACGUGGCAACCAAGGCCUCAGGGGUUCGAACACUCUUAUCCCGCCUCAUGCCAAACAUUGGAGGUCCCAAACAAAAAAGAAGAGCGCUGCUGUCUACGGUGGUGACGUCAGUGAUGACUUAUGGGAUUCCCAUCUGGACCGAUGCGCUCCAGUUCCAGGAAUCUCGGCGUAAGAUCGCUAACGUCUAUCGGCAGAGCGCCCUGAGAGUUGCUAGCGCGUACCGCACAGUGUCGGAAGAUGCAGUUCGUGUGAUCGCCGGAAUGCUGCCCAUCGAAGUAUUGGCUGAAGAGCGGAGGUGUCUUUACCGGCGGACAAGACACCCUACAUUGAGCCCAAACGAUCUCAGGGAAGAGGAGAGACGGAACAGCACUCGCCGAUGGCAGGUGUUGUGGGAUAUCUCAGCGAAAGGAAGAUGCCCCCGUUUCAGUGAGAGCCAGAGUAAUUGGGAAGUAGUCCUUCAAAGGGAAGUCCUGCCUGAGAAUCUGAUGGAAGCUAUGAUGUCAUCACAGGCAGCCUGGCAAGCAACGAGCAACUUUGCAGCCGCAGUUAUGAAGGAGCUCAGAAGUGAGGAACGCAAGCGAAAGGCUGCAGCAUAG